AAUUACAAGGGAACAGGUCGGAACGAGGCAGAGGAAAGAGGGAAAACAAAGGCAGCAAAGGACCUACGGCACGGCAGCACAGCACAGCACAGCAGAGAAGACAAAGAGACGCUGCCGGCCGUGGCGCCAUCACCUAAAGCGGCACUGCAACGCCCUGGCCCGGAUGGUCCCCGUGCGCAAAAGGAACAGGAAAAGAAAGGAAAAUUCAUGUACCUGCUAAUAAGCACGCCUGAGUCGCGCGGGAUUAGCAAGGGAGGAAGUCAGGCACACCCGGCGCCAUGCCUGUUCUUGAAAAUGUACGUAUCUUUGUACUGUACGAAGCGCAUGUACCUUAUAUACAUGUGCUCGGGUCGCAUUGAAGGAAGGUGCAAGCAGGUGCCCCUCCCGUCAACUUUUCUUUUUCCAAUUUUCUUUUCCAGCUUGGUGUAUUGCAUUGGGAUUUCUUUUUAUAUAUUUUCCUUUUCGGCUUCAUGCAAAGUGACAGCGAAUCGUGUCCACCAGACACCUCAGGGCCCCUCUUGUGUCUUUUCUUUUUCUCUUCUAUUCCCCCUCGCGAUCAUGAUCGGCCACUCCAUGCUUACAGGUACCUGGGCUUUCUAAUUCUAGCAGGCCUGCUGGCUUAGCACCUACAUGUAUACCAUGUAUACCUAGCAGCCCACCCCACCAUCGGGUCUUUGACGACAGUCGGUCAGCACACACCUGCGUCGCUGGAUGCGCUGCUCUCUGCGCUCUCCAGCGAUAUUGGGCACGAUGCGCUGUCCUUUUUUGCGCCGUGCUACGUGAA